AUGUAUCAAACAGUNCCUCGCACACGCUCAGCCAUCCCCGGAGUCAGCGCCGACCAAAUCACUAAAUCGUGCAAGUGUCUGCUCGCGUCGACUGGAGCCACUGCCACCACCGCUGCCAAAGUCACCACCAGCACUACAAAGGCUGCAGCCACUUCCACAGCUUCUGCCUGCAAGAAGCGCAGAAAGGUUCGCAGAACCGUUACUGUCGAGGUUGCCGCCGAGGCCACUCCUUCUGUUUAA